GGCGCAUGCGCACCGUAGAAGCUGACGGGCGUCGAGCCUCGCACCGCAGUGAGGAGCAGGAGACCGGAGGAGGAGCCGCGGGAUGGGGAGGAGGAGGAGGAGAGCCGCUGUGGAUCAGUCUGACCAACUUUCGCUCCUUCAGGCUGCGGAGGCAACCUGUCACUCACCGGCUCCGUCUGUGCCAAUCAGCCGCGUUUAGCCGCAGCGUUUCCUUCCGGAGGGGACAGUAUGCAGCCGGGAUGAGGUGAGGAGGAUCCCGCCCGCCGCAGGAUGCGCACCCCGGUACGGAGGGAAGCAGAGAACCCGGGCAGCUCUUCUGGGAGAUUUCGUGCGGGGCCGCGGAUUGAUCGCUUCCUCCUCCGCUCCGGUGUAUAAUGGAGAGCUCCAAUGGCUCCGGCAGCGACACCAAAGCGCACAGCCAACAGUUGGAGAAGAAGAGACCGAACCGAGCGCCGUCCCCGGCCAGACCCUUCCUGAAGGAUGUGCCAUCGCGCGCCGCCAAACCACCUGCCAUCGGACCCAAAUCCCCCAAACUCAGCAAGCAGCAGCAGUGCGCCUCAGUGUCCUUAGCCCACCAGAACCGCAGCUCCAGACGCAACACUGCUGGCUCCAAGGAGAAACCCGCCACGGUCAAAAGUAGCGCCCGGUGUGCUGCUGCGAAAAAGCCCGCAAAGGUACCCCAGCAUGCCGCCGCCGCCAGCAUCAAACCGGACUCCACCGGCAGUCCGGUGCUCGCCAAAGGCAAGAAGGGGAAAUUAACCGCGGCGUCUCCGGGCCCGUUCGGCCAUGGAUCCCCGAUCCGGGUUCCCACGGGGGCGCGCCUGGGCCGGGUCACCCAGACCGACAGCAGCUCGGACUUGUCGGAUUGCCCGUCCGAACCGCUGUCGGACGAGCAGAGAGCGGCACCUGCCGCGAGCAGCGACGCGGAGUCCGGUACCGGCUCCAGUGACCGGGAUCAGGCGGGAGCGCCGGCGGCCGCAGCUCCGCCGAGCGUGAGCGACGCUCCCCCCGCACCCCCCGCUCCGGACCACCAACCGGAGCACGGCUCCGCCAGCGCACAAGCCAAACUGACGGAGGAGGAGCUGCUGCGGGAAAUCGAGGACCUGAGAUCUGAAAACGACUACCUCAAGGAUGAAGUGGAGGAGCUGCGUGCAGAGAUGGAGGAGGUCCGAGACUGCUACCUGGAGGAGGAGGUCUACCAGCUGCAGGAGCUGCGGAGGGAGGUGGACCGCUCCAACAAGAACUGCCGCAUCCUGCAGUACCGCCUGCGAAAGGCGGAGCAGAAGAGUCUGCGGGUGGCUCAGACGGGCCAGGUGGAUGGAGAGCUGCUGCGCAGUCUGGAGCAGGAUCUGAAGGUCGCCAAAGACGUGUCGGUGCGAUUGCACAACGAGCUGGAGAUCGUGGAGGACAAACGCAGCCGAGCAGAAGACGAGAACGAGAUGCUCCGGCAGAGGAUCAUCGAGGUGGAGAUCUCCAAACACGCGCUGCACAACGAGAUGGAGAGGAUGAAGGAGACUGCUCUGAGGCGACGAGGGAGCAGAGAAGCUUUUAAAGACAAGAAAUCUACAAACCAAGAGGACAGUGCAGACCUAAGAUGUCAGCUUCAGUUUGCCAAAGAGGAGUCGAGCCUGAUGAGGAAGAAGAUGGCAAAACUCGGCCGGGAGAAGGAUGAGCUGGAGCAAGAGAUGCAGAAGUACAAAUCUGUUUACGGGGACAUCGACAGCCCCCUCCCGCUCGUGGAGUGCUCAGGCGGGGGUCCCCACACGACCCGCGAGGCCGAGUUACGACUGCGCCUCAAGCUGGUAGAGGAGGAGGCCAACAUUCUGGGGAGAAAGAUUGUCGAGCUGGAGGUGGAGAACCGGAGCUUAAGAGCAGAAAACGAAGACAUCCGAGGUCAGUACGAAAGAGACUUCUUCGGCCGCGAGCCCUUCUCCAGCAUGCCGUCAUCGCCGUACGGCGGAGACGCUCUGGAGUCGGCCAACGAGCUGCGGCGCCAUCUCCAGUUUGUGGAGGAGGAGGCUGAGCUGUUGCGUCGCUCCAUCUCAGAGAUCGAAGACCACAACCGGCAGCUCACAUCUGAACUCAAUCGCUUCAAGUUUGGUCCCAGCAGUUCCUCUGUGCACGUGGGGGAAGAAGGAAGCGAGGGGAUCUUAUUUAAACCUGGAAACGGGGGCAGCAGCAGCAGCAGCCCUCUAAUGAUGAUGGAGGAGCUGAAAUCAGCCAGGAUGCAGAUCAACGAGCUCAGCGGGAAAGUUAUGAAGCUGCAGUACGAGAACCGUGUCCUCAUGUCCAACGUCCAGCGCUGUGACCUGGCCGCACACCUCGGCCUUCGCACCGGCAGCCCUCGAGACAGCGACGCCGACAGCGAUGCAGGACGGCGGGAAGCAGCCGAGGAGGAAGAAGCGGGGCGGCUUCUUCUCCUUCAACCCAAGAGGGAGGGUCCUAUCGGGGGGGAGAGCGACUCCGAAGACCUGUUUGAGAAGACAGGAACCACCUCAGGGUUUGGAAGCAUCAAACCUUCAGACGAGCUCAGCGCCACGGAACUGGCCAAUCGCAGAAGGGAGGAGCGGGAGUCUCUGGCCAACGUGAAGCGAGAGGCGGACAGGCUGGGGAAGACCGUGGACCGUCUCAUCACCGACACAGACAGCCUGAUCUUUGAAGGGAGGCUGCUGGUGACCACCGGAGACUUCCCUGAAGACGGGGAGACGUCAGGAUCCAAACCCGACACCCAAGUUCUGGACUCCAUCAACACCCGCAUGAAGGCGUUCCGCACCGAGCUUCACAUCUUCAUGGAGAAACUGGACCACAUAGGUGAAGGUCUGAGAGAAAGGACGGACGAUCUGUCGCCCAUGCCCAACCUCACAGAGUCCAGCAGCUUUCUGUCCACUGUCACCUCCAUGUCCCGCGACUCUCCCAUCGGCACGUUCGGAAGAGACCUGGCGACAGACUUCCAGCUGCGGGACUCUCCAGCUCCUGACGUCCAGUUCCGAUUGGAGCACGAGCGAAGGAUGAGAGCGGCGGCGGAGGAUCGAGAGGCUGCUGGCUCUCUGCUGCAGCAGGAGGAUGGAUGUUUGCGUUUGGAGAUGCAGCGAGAAGGUCUGGAGCUUCAGGGCCUCCAAAGCCUGGACAUGCCCUGGACUCAUGAGAGAGCUGCGAUGCAGCAGGAGGUUCGCCUCUUCAGACGCAACACCAUCAUCUUCUACAUGAAGCUCAGAGCCAUCCUCACCAACUGGAGGCUCGGCCGCAAAGACGACUCGGCAGACAAGGCGGCGCACUCAGAGGCGGAGAAACUGGAAAACUUCCAGGAGCUGGGAGCUAUAAUGGAGCAAGCGGAGGGGGAGUCGGACCGAGACGACAGGCUGACAGGAGACACCCCAGACAGCGGGCCCACCACCCCUCUGCAGUCACAUGAUCCACACCUGCUGCAUCACAGACAGUUCGGGGAGAACCGGCGAGUCCUGCAGGCCGUACGGACGCUCCUGGAGGAGCUGCUGGACGUACUGCGGGAAGAGGAGACGAGGAGAAGCCAGCUGCAGCAGUCCUACGCCAAUGACAAAGCCGCCUGGGAGGUCAAGUGGGCAGAGAUGAAGUGCCAGGUUGCUCAGCUGGAGGAGGAGGCCCGGGGGGAGGCGCAGGGGGGUGAGGUCGACCCAGACCCGGAGCGGGCCCUGAAGCAGGAGCGUGAGGAGCAUCAGCGUCUGCUGGCCGAGAGCCACAGCACAUCCCUGGACCUCCGCUGGAGGCUGCAGCACGGAGAGAAGAGGUGGAGCCGCGAGAGGACGGAGCUCCUGGAGCGCUUCAGCCGGGAGCGGCAGGAGUGGGAGAGCAGCAUGAGGGAGAUGCACCGCAAGAUGGAGAGG